AUGUUGCCCACAACAGAUGAGGACGUAUUCUUUGAACUUGAUCUGACGGCCGUUGACCCCGCUUUGGAAGACGUGCUCCGGGGCUACUUUUUGUCUCCAGUUGAGUCUCCCGUGGUCGCUAUCGCAGUCGAUGCAGCUGACGACAUAGUCAUAUCUCCAUCGGAACCAGGCUUGAAACGCUAG